CAAAUUCUGAAGCCUCAAGUCUUAUCAAAUACAACCAUACAAAAUAUUUCACACAAAACCAACACCUUUCCUAAUAAUAAUGGCACCAACAAACUUCGAAACCGCAACCACAAAGGCAAAAUGGGGUAAAAUAGGGAAGCAUAUAAACCGGGCCUACGUAACGUUCUUGGCUGGCAAUGGAGACUACAUAAAGGGUGUAGUUGGGCUGGCUAAAGGGUUAAGGAAGGCCCGGUCGGCUUACCCGUUAGUGGUAGCAGUGCUACCCGACGUGCCCCAAGAACAUCGUCGGAUAUUAGUGUCUCAAGGUUGUAUUGUUCGAGAGAUUGAACCCGUUUACCCGCCUGAAAAUCAAACUCAGUUUGCUAUGCCUUAUUAUGUCAUUAAUUACUCUAAGCUUCGAAUUUGGGAGUUUGUGGAGUACACAAAGAUGAUAUACUUAGACGGAGACAUUCAAGUGUACGAUAAUAUUGAUCAUCUAUUCGACCUCCCUAAUGGCUACUUUUAUGCUGUAAUGGACUGUUUUUGUGAAAAGACUUGGAGUCAUACUCCUCAAUAUAAAAUUGGGUACUGUCAGCAAAGCCCAAAUAAAGUGUGUUGGCCCGAAGACAAGUUGGGCCCAAAGCCUGCUCUUUACUUUAAUGCUGGAAUGUUCGUGUUUGAGCCCAAUAUCUCUACUUAUGUUGACCUCCUUAAGACACUCCAAGUAACCCCUCCUACUCCUUUUGCUGAGCAGGAUUUCUUGAACAUGUACUUCAAGGACAUAUAUAGGGCGAUCCCAUUAAUUUACAAUUUGGUGUUGGCCAUGUUAUGGCGCCAUCCUGAGAAUGUUAAGUUAGAAGAAGCGAAAGUUGUUCACUAUUGUGCUAAUGGGUCAAAGCCAUGGAGGUAUACAGGAAAAGAAGAAAACAUGGAUAGAGAAGACAUAAAAUUAUUGGUGAAGAAAUGGUUCGACAUAUACAAUGACGAAUCCCUUGAUUUCAAGCCAGAAAUUGAGGCUGGUGAUCAGCCUGAGUUCCAACCUUUCAGGGCGGCACUCUCGGAGGCUGGUGUUUUACAUUUUGUAGCCGCCCCUUCUGCAGCUUAGAUUUUAUUACUUCCGUCCUAUCUUUGGCUCAUAUAUUAUAUAGACUACUAUUAUGGUUUUCACUUUUCCUUUGGAAAUAUAGAUCAAUUACGUGAGAUAGUGCGAUAGGGCAAAUAGUUCACUUAAUUAAUUAUCAUAAUAAUUUCAUUUUUAGCUUGUUAAUUUCCUAAGGAGAUUCCACUUUCUUUUUUUUAAAAAAAUUUUUUUUUUUGUUUUUUUUUUAAAAAAAGCUCUAAUCUUUGUAAUUAUUGGUUUGAAUACAUAAUAGUACGCUGUGUCUUUGUAAGUAUUGAUAAUUAUGUAAUGACAGAUUUAAAAGAAAGUACC